AUGACGGGAGGUAGCUUGGAGGAUCACUUAUUUAAGAACAGAACCCUGCUGACAUGGGGAAGGAGGUACAACAUUGCUAUGGGAUUAGGCUCAGUGUUGCAAUACCUGCUCAAACAUAUUCAUCAAUGCAUGAUCCAUAGAGAUAUCAAAUCCAGCAACAUCAUGCUCGAUGAAGAGUUCGUGGCCAAAUUGGGAGAUUUUGGCUUGGCUAAGCUAGUCAACCAUGCUAGAGGGCCAAACACAACCCAAGUGAAAGGAACACCAGGUUACUUGGCUCGAGAAUACUUUCAAAUGGGUAAGGCAAGCAAGGAAUCUGACAUCUACAGUUUCGGAGUGGUUCUUUUGGAAAUAUUAUGCGGGAGGAGAUUGUCCGACUUGGAACUAGCAGAGCAAGGCGGCCUUGUUCCAUGGGCUUGGAAGCGUUGUGGGUGCGGGAACUGGUUUCGACGCUGGUUCUUUAAUUUUCACCUUCUGGUGGACAAGAGGCUCGGCAAGGAUUUCGACAAGAAACAGGCGUAG